AUGUCGCUCGCUGCUCCUCGAAGGGGACUUCCAGGCGGAGGCUUCUUGCGCAUGGUACCGGAUGAUGACGACUCGCGACCUGCCGUGACAUCGCCUCCCAAGGCUCCAGAAGCAGUGCCAGCCUUUGCGCCCCCUCCCGCUUCGUAUGGAGUCUGCCGUUCCCCUACCGCAUCGCCAUUCCGGCCAGACUCAAAUUUUCAGGUCAGGCCCCGCACCGGAGCUGUGUUUCAAGUGGGGGCUGGCGACACCUCAACAUGUCCAACACCAUCCACCGGCGAAGGCUCGCCAGCUCCGUUCGAUGUGCGUGCCAGUUUUGCGCCCAUGCCCAGGUACGGCAAGCAGCCUGCAGUGCGCCGCGACGUAGCUCCGGCAACCUCGAGGAAGCGGUCAGCCUACGUCGAGACCGCAUACGUCAGCAAUGGCGCUCCAGAGAAAAUUGAUUCGGACGAUGACGGGCAAGGCAUAGAGUAUGCAGGGAGGCGGUGGAAGGGCAAGACAGCGCAUGCAGUCGAGCAAGAGAUGGAGGAGCUGGGUGAUAGGACAGUCAUGAGCUACGCGCCUGAUGCUGUCUACUUGGCCAGCAGGCUCGAAGGUCUGAAGCGGAAUCUCGAGGCGAACGACUGGGAGAGGAAGCCGCGUUAUCUAAUCUUCGAAGAAGAAGAGGAGCAGGACAAGGGCGGCAUGAUACAGAAGGAGGCUGGCACUUCAGAAGUGCCAGCGGCUCAUGGGUCCACCUUGCCACAUGCACUGCCAGUCUCGGUGCCGAAAGUGCCAGGUGUGGCGGAUCCUCAUGAACAUCUGCCACUGGCAGAUACUGUCGACGAGGACGAUGAUGACGCUGACAGCAUCACUGCCGAGCUCUCACCCCCUCAAGAGCUUGACGUGGAUCUCGAUCUCGACUUGGAUACCGAGAAACGACUGCAAGAGGAGGACGUGGCUGGAUCCGACGCGCCUGUGUCGUCAGUCGGACAUGCUACGUGGAAGUAUGCCCAGCUCAGCUCGGCUCUCUCAGAGGGAGACGCAGACAGCAAGGAUGGGCAGACAAUUCGACCUGGUCAGUCGACGCGAGCAGGCUCGAUGGCCGGCGUCCAGCUGCACGUUCCUCCUCGGAUCGACCCAGUAGCCAAGCAAGCAGCCUUGGAUGCGCGAGUCGACGUGCGGAGCUUGCGCAGACCUGACUUGGAGCAGGUCAGAGAGCUACAUUGCUUGCACGGCGACCAAGACCUAAAGGUGAGUGAGAUGACUACGCGGUGCACAACCGGAAGCUUCUCAUGUUUGCUAGCGUGACACUGAAACCUCGCUGUGUGACACGUAGGUCGACUUUGAUACAUACACCACGAGUGCUGGAUUCUUGAUCCGCCUUUUGGUUGACGAAAAGCACGUGUGCUUGGUCGCUGUUGCAAGGCCAUUGCCCGAGCCCGCUCCCCUGCCAACGCAAUUGAUGCCCAGCUGUCCGCCCCCCUCCUUGGACAUGCCGCCGAGUGGUGGCCAGUACCUCCUAGCGGGACGGGGCAUAGCUGGAGCAAGCCCAUAUCUCACGGGAAUCACCAACCGCACCCUUGCCACACCAAAGCGCUUCGAUCUCAAUACUGGCUGGCACUCUCCGGGGGCUAGCGGACCACCGUCUACGAGCGGGCUCUCACGGGAUGAUGCUUCUGGCAGCACAUCCACACCGCCCGACAGCUUGUUCGGCACAUCGCCUCGAGACGCGCCUGCUUUCGUCUCCACCUCUUUGAAAGGUCCUUCCAAGCUCUCUGGCAUUCUUUCGCCACGCAGAAGGAGCGGUGCAGCCAAUGGCAAUUCAGGGUCACGACUGCAGCAAACAAGCGUUCCAGCAAGAGAGCUGAGGAGUUGCACAGCCUCUCAGGAUCAGAGCUCGAGCGAAUUACAGACCGCGCCGACCUCGUUGGAUUCGCACUCGCCACCCGAAGAGCCGAGAAGAGGUUUCAAAACGGUGCUUGCAGGACCGACAAAUUCCGUUGCUCCGCCUCGUGCCGUUCGCGUCAUGGCUGCGCCUCCACCUGGUGGGCUCUUCAACACCGACGCCGAGACGAUCUUGGGUGUAGCUUCAGCCAAGAUUUCGACCAAGGCCGUACCACCCAGCUACGCUGGCGGCGACCUGUGGCCCGGUAUAGAUUCUGCGCCUGCCCAAGUCAUGCCUCAUCUGGAAGCGCAUGUGUUGACACUUGCUGUGGCUCACUCGGAGAGGGGUCAAGGAUUGGGAGCGCGACUACUAGACGCGCUUCUCAAAGAGGCGAAAGCAAAAGCUGUUGCACUGGCGGCCAAGCCACGCAGGAGAGGCAGCAACCAGAACCGGUCGGCUCCCACCACCGAGCAGCUGAUGGCGGAACCCAUGCACACCACUCUGGAAGUCCAUCCAGCCAACUCUGGCGCUCUAGCACUCUUCCAAUCGAGGCAGUUCCACAGGGUCGAAGGUGCGCGUGGCACGCUCCCGCGAUACUUUCAGGGCGAUUGGAGAAUCCCUCUGGAAGAGAGACAAAAGAUAGGCGGGACGGAUGCUUGGGUUCUUGAGCGACACGCUCCUUGA